AUGGAAAAAGAUAAAGGUAAGACAGUGAAAUUUAAUCAGCCCUGGAAAGGAAAAUCUUCCCAUAACUCCUCUAAGAAGAAUACCACUAAGUACCCGCCAAGAGCUGUACAAAAAUGUGCCCAUUAUGGAAGGCCUCAUUCUGGGGAGUGCCGUGCUGCCAACAAUACAUGUUUUCGUUGUGGCAAACCUGGGCAUUUUAUUAGGGAUUGCCCAAAUAAUCCUAACAAGGGAAACUCCAAUGCUGGAAGUGGACAAAAGAGGCCAAUGGUCCAGGGAAGAGUUUUUGCCCUCACUAAACAAGAUGCACAAGUAGCAUCGGAUGUGGUAUCAGGUACUCUCAAUCUUUGCUCUAAAGCUGCUCAUGUUUUCUUUGAUUCUGGCUCUUCACACUCUUUUGUAUCCCCUACUUUUGCUGAUAUGUUACAUAUGAGUCCUGAGUUGUUGGAUUGUGAACUAUGGGUGUCUACUCCUUCGGGUGUAAUUUUGUGUGCUUAA